AUGCGAGCCAAAUCGGAGCCCGCGGCCCCGCCUCCAUCCUCUUCCAGCGGUGGCGUCUCCUCCGUCGCGACGCUGGAUCCGAUCUUCCACCUCCUCCGCGUGCUCCCCUUCAGCUUCCUCCGCCCCCCGCGGCUCCGCCUGAAACUCCCCUCCCUGACCCUCCCCUCCCCCAACGCCGUCUUCGCUCUAGUCCUCCUCACCUACUUCAUGGUUGUCUCCGGCAUCGUGUACGACAUCAUCGUGGAGCCUCCCGGCAUUGGAUCCUUGCAGGACCCUUACACCGGCGCCGUGCGCCCGGUCGUCUUCAUGUCCGGCCGCGUCAACGGGCAGUACAUAAUCGAAGGCCUCUCCUCCGGCUUCAUGUUCAUUGUUGGCGGAAUUGGCAUCAUUCUCCUCGAUCUCGCGCUCGAUCGUAACCGCGCCAAGUCCGUCAAGGUCUCCUACGCCUCCGCCGGCGUCUCCUCCGUCGUCAUAGCAUACGUUAUGAGUAUGCUGUUCAUCCGCAUCAAGAUCCCUGCCUAUCUCAGAUGA